AUGGCUAAAGAAGUGUUAUCUCUGCGAAAGUCAGCAAAUGUCCAAGCUGUGAAGGAGCAGCAAUCCAUCCUCAAGGCCGUCUCCAUGCAGCCCUCCAUCAACCAGACUGACACGAACAAGAACAGCAUUGCAAUCGGUGGCGAUGAUGCGAUCUUCAAGACGACAGACAAUCCACGAACUUCCGACGACACCUACGAUGCUUUCGGCUUCGAAAACAGUGUCCUUGGAACAGCUCCGAGUACCUCCGUCCCACCAAAGCUUCCAGAAACAUCGCGCGCAUUCUCCGACUCGGAAGCCGAAAAUGCGAAAUUAGAAAAGGCGGCGAAGCGAGCUGCGGCGCAGAAGGAGAAGGCGAAGCUCAUGUUGGAGCUCAAAGCAAUCGAGAUUAAGCAGCGGCUGAUGGAGCUUGAGGAGGACGAAACUUGUUGGGUCUCGACACGGAGAUGGGGUCAUUGGUACAAUACCCAGUCAUCCACUCGACAAGCAUCCACACUCUUGCUGGGUGGACAGACUUCCACAGAGCAAUGGUACAGCAUCAAUCUUGAUUACGUCCACUUCACAACUACCCGUCCCGUAAUUUCCUCUCUGAUACGCAGUACAGAUUGUAGUGCAGACGACAUGUUGUGCAAGAACGAAGCAAAAGAAAGACAUUUGCAGAAGGCAGACAAUGUCUAUGAGAGCGGCGCUCUACCAACUGAGCUGUUCAGCAUGGUCAUUGGAAUCGAAACCGCCUGUCUGAAUACUGUAUAUUGA